GAGUGAGUGAGAGACUGAGAGAGAGAGAGAGAGAGAAUAGGCAGUGGAAACACGGCAUAGUGACACAAGGGCGAAAGUGGAGAGCGAGACAGUUUUCCGUAAAAGGCGUUAGCUCAGCUAGUGUAAUGUAGUGAACAUUAUUCCGCUAGAGAACGACGGGGCGGCCCCUGUUUUAGAAACUAAUUUUCCUCCCAUUCGGGGCUAACGCGAUAGCCUACUAGAAUAGAACAGAGUUUUAGAUUACUACAUUGAUUGCCUACGGUCCUGUCUGGAGCGGAGCUUUAGCGCUCUAACUAAUAGACAACACUAGAAUAGAUCAGAGGAAACCAGGACAGCUCGAGCGCCAAGAUGCCCCUGGCACAAUUGCCAGAUCCCUGGCAGAAGAUGGCACUGGGGCGGGCGGCAAGCGAGGAUGCCCAUCGGCAUGUUCUGGAGGAUUCUAUUGGAGAGGAUGAUUCUAUGUCCUGUAACGAGGACGAGACUGUCAAUGAGAUCAACAUCACCAACCAUACCAAGGAGGGGUCAGAGAAGGGUGACCCUCGACAGUUCGAGCUCCGCAAGGUCCUAGGACAAGGCUCCUUCGGAAAGGUGUUCCUGGUCAAGAAGACUACAGGUCCAGAUACAGGACAGCUCUACGCCAUGAAGGUUCUGAAGAAAGCCACACUGAAAGUGCGUGACAGGGUGAGGACUAAGAUGGAGAGAGACAUUUUGGUGGAGGUCAACCAUCCCUUCAUCGUUAAACUGCACUAUGCGUUCCAAACAGAAGGGAAACUCUACCUCAUCCUGGACUUCCUACGAGGAGGAGACCUCUUCACACGACUGUCUAAAGAGGUGAUGUUCACAGAGGAGGAUGUGAAGUUCUACCUGGCAGAGUUGGCCCUGGCGCUGGACCACCUUCACAGCCUGGGCAUCAUCUACAGAGACCUCAAACCAGAGAACAUUCUGCUAGACGAGGAGGGACACAUCAAGCUGACAGACUUCGGCCUCAGUAAGGAGUCUAUAGACCAUGAGAACAAGGCCUAUUCAUUCUGUGGGACGGUGGAGUACAUGGCUCCGGAGGUGGUCAACAGGAGAGGCCACACCACCAGUGCUGAUUGGUGGUCCUACGGCGUGCUCAUGUUUGAGAUGCUGACCGGAACGCUACCAUUCCAGGGGAAAGACCGCAAGGAGACCAUGAACAUGAUCCUCAAGGCUAAGUUGGGGAUGCCACAGUUUCUGAGUCCAGAAGCCCAGAGUCUCCUGAGGAACCUUUUCAAACGCAACCCUACUAACAGGCUAGGAGCCGGCCCAGAUGGAGUGGAAGAGAUCAAGAGACACCACUUCUACUGCACCGUAGACUGGAACAAACUGUUCCGUAGAGAGCUCCACCCUCCCUUCAAACCUGCUACGGGACGACCUGACGACACCUUCUAUUUCGACCCAGAGUUCACUGCUAAAACACCCAAAGAUUCCCCAGGUGUUCCACCCAGUGCCAACGCCCACCAGCUGUUCCGAGGAUUCAGUUUCGUAGCCAUAACAACAGAAGAAGAGGCACAACCACUACAGGCUACAAUAGUAAAGCAGCUGCACAGAAAUGUGUCUCAGUUUUCUGAAGCAUAUGAAAUGAAGGAGGAUAUAGGACUGGGAUCAUACUCUGUCUGCAAACGCUGCAUACACAAGACCACUGGCAUGGAGUACGCAGUCAAGAUCAUCAGUAAGGCUAAGAGAGAUCCAACGGAGGAGGUGGAGAUUCUACUGAGAUACGGACAACAUCCCAACAUCAUCACACUGAAGGACGUGUUUGAUGAUGGCAGGACAGUGUAUCUGGUCACAGAGCUGAUGAAGGGAGGAGAGCUGCUGGAUAAGAUACUGAGACAGAAGUUCUUCUCAGAGAGAGAAGCUAGUGCUGUCCUAUACACCAUCACCAAGACUGUUGAAUACCUACACGUACAGGGGGUGGUGCACAGGGACCUGAAGCCCAGUAAUAUCCUGUAUGUGGAUGAGAGUGGGAACGCUGAGUCCAUCAGGAUCUGUGACUUUGGUUUUGCCAAGCAGCUUAGAGCUGAGAACGGCCUGCUGAUGACGCCGUGCUACACAGCUAACUUUGUAGCUCCAGAGGUGUUGAAGAAGCAGGGUUAUGACGCUGCCUGUGACAUCUGGAGUCUGGGAGUCCUACUCUACACCAUGCUGACAGGGUUCACUCCAUUUGCCAACGGUCUAGAGGACACUCCAGAGGAGAUCCUGGCUCGGAUCGGCAGCGGGAAGUUCUCUCUGACCGGAGGAUACUGGAAUUCUGUCUCAGCCGAGGCCAAGGAGCUGGUGUCUAAGAUGUUACACGUGGACCCCCACCAGCGUUUGACGGCUGGCCAGGUGUUGCGUCAUCCCUGGGUCACACAACGCGACCAGCUGCCCAAAUUCACACUCACCAGACAGGAUGCUCCACACCUGGUCAAGGGCGCCAUGGCAGCAACCUACUCUGCCCUCAACAGGAACGUUCCACCUGUCCUGGACCCUGUGGGAUGUUCCACUCUGGCCCAACGGAGAGGGGUGAAGAAACUCACAUCCACUGCCCUCUGACCUUUAACCUUUCAUCUCAGACUUAUAACCUUGCUGGAGGUCUGUUCAGACAGACGGGCAGACUUGGUCCCUCAGGUGACCUGGACAGAACUCUGAUGCAUCUGGGACCCCUCUGACCCUUCUCUGUUAGGAACUAACCCAGUGGUUUCCCCCCUGGUGCCAGAGGUAGAGUAUGCAGGCUUUAGAACCAGUUAGGGCUAGAACUACAGCCUGUAGCUCUGUUGGACCAGGGCUGGUGGUGACCACUAACAUUGUAUCGUCUCUCCAGUCUUUGCUUUGUACAAUCAGCGUUGUCUCUAGAUACUCAAGAGACACGUGUCAGGAACAUGAAUGUGCUGUAUAUAGAUGUAUGUGUGUAUGUACUUCUGGGAACAUUUGAGAGAUACCUGCAUAUGCAUUUAAGACCCAAUUUAUGAUGAACUGUAUAACUGUAGCUCUGUGUGUAAACCUUAAGUAGCCUCUUUAGUGACCGAGUCAUUACAGGGACAAAACUAGUGAUGUCAUCAAAGUGAGAGCAAAUGGGACCACUGACGAUACCCCCUAUAUUGAGACAAGCUCCUCCCAGUCAGCCACAACAUCCAAUCAGAGUGACUGGAUUGAGGUCCAAUCAUGGCUUUGGUUAGGCCAGUCUGGGUACCGCCUACCCUGUCCACACCAACUCAGCUCUACAGACACUAAGGUAAACAUUAUCCUGGACCAGUGCUAAGCGGUGGUUAGCUGGGCAACAAGUCUGUGGCUUGCCCAGUGUGCAUGUUGCUGCCUUAUACAGUGCCCUCUGUAAUUAUUAUUUUGUCUUCUAUUGGCUCUAUACUCAAUAAGUUUGGAUUUAAAAUCAAACAAUUACUGAGGUGAAAGUGAAGACUGUCAGCUUUCAUUCGAGAGUAUUUUCAUCCUUAUCCAGGUGAACCGUUUAGAAAUUAUAGCCCUUUUGUAAUUGAGACAAAUUCACUUGUGUGUAUUUUUUAAGCAGUCAAAAGUUAAGUAUUUGGUCCCAUAUUCAUAACUCGCCUACAUCAAGGUUGUGACUCUACAAAUUAGUUUGAUGCAUUUGCUGUUUGUUUUGGUUGUGUGUUUUGGUUUGAUUAUUUUGUGCCCAAUAGAAAAUAAUGUUAAAGAAUGUAUUGGGUCAUUUUGGAGGGACUUUGAUUGUAAAUAAUAAUAGAAUGUUUCUGAACACUUCUACAUUAAUGUGGAUGCUACCAAUAUUACAGAUAAUUAUGAAUAUAUCAUGAGUAAUGAUGCAAAAAUAUCAUACCAACAAGACAUGCUAACCUCUCACCAUUACAAUAGCAGGGGAGGUUAGCAUGCAUAAAAAUGCUAACCUCCCCUGUUAUUGUAAUGAUGAGAGGUUAGCAUGUUAUAUUCUUAUUUACAAUAAAAGUCCCAAACAAGGGCACUGCGUUCAUCCACCUCUGGCCUGCUCGCCUCCCUACCACUGAGGAAGUACAGUUCCCGCUCAGCCCAGUCAAAACUGUUCGCUGCUCUGGCCCCCCAAUGGUGGAACAAACUCCCUCACGACGCCAGGACAGAGGAGUCAAUCACCACCUUCCGGAGACACCUGAAACCCCACCUCUUUAAGGAAUACCUAGGAUAGGAUAGAGUAAUCCUUCUCA